AUGGGUUCUCAGCACAAAUUUGAGUGUCAAUGGGGCCCAGACGUGGGCGAAUAUGAGAGAAAGAAGAGGAGGAAAGCUGCCCCAGACCUUGGUGACGGGAUCCCCCCCCUCCCCUCCGAGCUUCGAUUGAACCAACGUCCAUGCGAGACUUCGGAUCCAAUUCUUGCUGAUACCCUCGUCUUCGCUUUCUCAAACCAACCGGCAACAAUGGACCUCGAAGCUGGUGACUCCCCGUGGGGUGAUGAGCCCUCGCGCUCGACCACUAGCCCGACGAACCCGACUUCUGAUAAUCCCGAAAGCUCUCCCGUCCGGUCCGCACCGUCCACCAGCGCCGCCGAAGUCCGUACGCCAGGUCGCCGCGGUCCACGAGGAACACGCAAAAUCAGCGCGCAAGCGACCCGGUUGGAAGCCGUCGAUGAUGCCGUCGACCCCCUGGGUCCGCUAGGAGAAGGCGCGGUCGAGACCAGUGCAACACCCACCGACGAGGCCCCGGCCCCUCCCCAGAAAGAAACGAUUGCUGAGCGCAGUCCGCCGCCGCCUUCCACCUUCCCUCCAGCUUUUGGCGGAACUGGUAUGCUCGAGUCGGGCAAUUUAGAGGAAGAUGGUGCCGGAUUCCGAGGACCUCCGCCCGUACAACCACCCGCCGAUCUGGAGGGCCCGAAGCGACAAACCCAGCCGAGUAUGAGCGUUGAGCAGGCCGCGAAACCGAUCUUCGAGAUCAGCGUCGGAGAUCCGCACAAAGUUGGAGAUCUAACAAGUAGUCACAUUGUGUACCAAGUUCGGACGAAGACAACAUCUAAAGGAUAUCGCCAGCCUGAGUUCGCUGUCAGCCGUCGUUACCGUGAUUUCCUUUGGCUCUAUAACUCCCUGCACAACAACAACCCUGGAGUAGUCGUCGCUCCUCCACCCGAGAAGCAGGCCGUUGGUCGCUUUGAUACAAACUUUGUCGAAUCACGGAGAGCUGCUCUGGAGCGGAUGCUGAACAAGAUUGCGGGUCACCCAAUACUUCAGCAUGACGCAGAUUUGAAGAUCUUCCUUGAGAGCGAAGCCUUCAAUGUCGAUGUCAAGAACAAGGAAAAUAGAGAGCCUGAUCUGGGCCAAAGCAAGGGGAUGUUGAGCUCCUUCGGUAUCUCUGUUGGUGGAGGGGGCAAGUUUGUGGAGCAUGAUGAUUGGUUCCACGAUCGUAAGAUCUACCUGGACGCAUUGGAGAACCAGCUGAAAGCACUAAUGAAGUCCAUGGAUACUGUGGUUAUGCAGCGUAAAGGGCUUGCUGAGGCCGCAGGCGAAUUUUCCACCUCCCUUCAUGCCCUUGCCGCCGUGGAGCUCUCCCCAGCCCUGUCCUCGCCUUUGGAGGGUCUUUCGGACCUUCAGUUGAGAAUCCGCGAACUCUAUGACCGCCAGGCGCAACAAGAUGUCCUGACUUUGGGAAUCACCAUUGACGAGUAUAUUCGUUUAAUUGGCAGUGUGAAGACUGCAUUUUCUCAACGGCAGAAGGCCUUUCACAGCUGGCAUGCAGCUGAGUCUGAUCUACAGAAGCGCAAGAAUACUCAGGACAAGCUUCUUCGACAGGGCAAGACGCAACAAGAUCGCUUGAACCAAGUGAAUGCAGACGUUGCCGAUGCAGAACGUAAGGUCCACCAAACCCGCUUGCUGUUUGAGGAUAUGGGGCGUCUCAUGCGCAAUGAGUUGCAACGAUUCGAGAAGGAGAAGGUGGAGGAUUUCAAAUCUGGCGUUGAGACGUUCUUGGAGAGUGCUGUUGAAGCUCAAAAAGAGUUGAUUGAGCUUUGGGAAACUUUCCUUGUGCAACUGGAUGCCGGCGAGGACGGUGUCCCAUACUACGUGCCUCCUCCGGAGGGCGAGUCUGGCGAGACUGGUGUACAUGACCCCGCCGCAUCAACCGCUGAAACGGCACCAGUGGCCGAAGAUAACGCAUGA